AUGGAGCCCUGGGAGGUGCUCUACGAUAAUGAAUCAGGAACACGUGGGGAUAACAUUUCACUACUCAGAGUUCUGGCUUCAUUUCCAAAUGCUCCUGAAAAACUACAUAUAAUUACUGUCUCUUUUUACAGUGAUGAAUUAAAUGACAAUCUCAUUGAGGACAAACUUGUUCAACUGAGAUGUCACUUUACCUGGAAGCUGCACAUUGAAGACACUGAACUGCAAGAUUUAGAAAACAGGGUCUUGGAUCAGAUUGAGUUCCUAGACCACAACUUCAAUGUGGGCAUACACAACCUACUGGCCUAUGUGAAACACCUGAAUGGCCAGAAUCAGGAAGCCCUGGAGAGCUUGAAGGAAGCUGAAGACUUAAUGCAGGCAGGGCACAUCCGCCAGUCAGACGCGAUAAAGCUGGUUACCUGGGGCAACUAUGCCUGGCUGUAUUACCACAUGGACAGGCUGGCGGACGCCCAGAUUUACCUGGACAAGGUGGAGAGCACUUGCAAAAAGUUUGCCAGCCCCUCCUGCUACACAAUGGAGUGCCCUGAGAUGGACUGUAAGGAAGGAUGGGCCUUGCUGAAAUGUGGAGGAAAGAAUUACGAACGGGCUAAAGCCUGCUUUGAGAAGGCUCUGGAAGUGGACCCUGAAAACCCUGAAUUCAGCACUGGGUAUGCAAUUGUUGUCUAUCGUCUGGAUGGCUUUAACAAAACACCACGCUCUCGUAAGACAUUUUGUGUGCAGCCCCUAAAACGGGCCAUCAGGCUAAAUCCAGGAGAUGCGUAUAUUAAGUGUCUCCUCGCCAUGAAACUUCAGAAUAUAGGACAACAAGCUGAGGGAGAAAAGUACAUUGAAGAAGCACUGGCCAACAUGUCUUCGCAGGCCUAUGUCUUUCGAUAUGCGGCCAUGUUUUACCGGAAAAAAGGCUCUUUAGGUAAAGCUCUUCAGCUCUUAAAAAUGGCUUUGCAGGCAACACCUUCCUCUGCCCUCGUGCAUCACCAGAUAGGGCUUUGCUAUAGAGCACAAGUCCAUAAAAUAAACAAAGCUACAAGCUGGCAGCCUAGAGGACCGGAUAGAGAAAAUAUCGACAGAAUAACAAAAUUAGCCAUAUCUCAUUUUGAAUUUGCUGUGGAACAAAAGCCAACAUUUGAAGUUGCUUAUACACACCUAGCAGAUAUGUAUUCAUUUGCAGGCAAUAGCAGAAAAGCUGAAGAGACUUAUCAAAAAGUGUUCUGCAUGAAAUCAACUGAAGAAGAAAAAAUGCAAGAGAUAUAUUUCCAGCAAGGUCGAUUUCAGGAAUUUAAAAGGAAAUCUGAAGUCGAUGCAAUUAUCUAUUAUUUAAAAGCAAUCAAAAUAGAAAAGCCAUCAUCUGUAAGAGACAGAAGUAUCAGUUCUCUGGAGAGAGUGGUUUUAAGGAAACUUCAAAGAAACCCAGUAGACAUAGAAAGCUUGAGCAUCCUUGGGUUCACCUACAAAUUGAAAGGAGAAAUGAAUAAAGCCCUGGAGUACUAUGAGCGGGCCCUGAGGCUGGCUGCUGACUUUGAGAACCCUGUGGGACACGCUCCUUAGGCGCUGAAAUAUGGACCACUUGGACAUUUCAUUUCAUUUUACGUUUAGGUGUACUAAUCAUCUUUUCUGCUUGCUGCUUUCAGAAACAUGUAACUGUUGAACAAUCACUCAAGCCUGAUAAAAUACUACUUGUAUUCCAAAAAGAGUGAAGUAGAAUAUAUAUGUCUCUCUGUGUGUAAGAAAGGAAGAGAGACAUAAACCAUGUCUCUGUGAAUGUUAUGUAACAGAAAUAACAGUUGGUUCAGUAAAUUUGUAGCAAAUAAA